GUUAAAUAUCGGUUCCAACCUCUACUUGGAAUCUAUUAAAAUUAUUGAUCACAUUAGAGAAUUAGUCGCAAACAAUAAGUAUUAUCUUGUCAAUAAUCAGGUUUCAUAUAUAGGAUUGACGAGAAAUCAAAAGAAAAUAAUUCAUCCAAAAUUCAGUGGUAUUCUUGGAGUCAGUCCAUCUUAUAAAAACCUACAUCGUAUUGUAUCCAACUUUCAGAAUAUGCCUAUUCCCGAUGAACCGAGUACUGUAUAUUACAGUGUAAUUUCUUUAACCGCUACAAGUUUCCGUAUGCAAGUGGAGACUGAAAAAAGAACACGAACUUUACUCGGUGUAUUUGGUCUUGUGGGCGGUGCUUGGGGUUUGUCUUCGGCAUUAUAUGCGACUCUAUUUGGCGUGGAUGCGAUUCGUCCUUGGGGUUGUUUGCAAACUGAUUGCGGAUUAAGACGUAGAACAUAUAAUAAAUUAAAAAGAAGAAUUCCAGUACUUCCAUUAAUCAAUUCCUCUUCCUCAAUGACGGAGUUAAAUUCUUAUUCUCCAGAUGUUAAAGAAUUACGUGAUCGAUUAAUUUCUCUUGAAAUUUUCUUAAAGGAAUAUGUUGUAGAUAUAAAUUAUUUGGAAAAAUCGGAGAAAACAGUUCAAAAUUAUACGAAUUUAAGAAAAUAUCUACAAAAUCAUCAACAACUUACAUGGAAAGAAAAAAUUCAUAUUACUUUUAAAAUUAUCGGAGCACUUAUAACCAUUCAUAGUAAAGACGCGAUUCAUAGGGAUUUGCAUUCUGGAAACAUAUUAUAUGCACAAUGUUGUGAUGAGUGGUACAUAAGUGAUCUCAGAUUUUCUGUUCCUGCUGAUAAGCCAUUAAAAUGCAUCUAUGGGAACCUUCCUUAUAUAGCUCUUGAAGUUAUUGCUGGAAAGGAAUAUACAAAAGCAUCUGAUAUUUAUAGUCUUGCAAUGCUUAUGUGGAAAAUUUCUUUUGGGAAAUCACCAUUUAAUGAAUAUGAAAAUGAUUAUGACUUCGCAACAAAUAUAGAAAAUGAAAUGAGACCAAAAAUAACGUCAGGUAUUCUUUUAGAAUAUAAAAACUUGAUGGAACAAUGUUGGAAUGCUGAUCCAUCACAAAGACUCAAUAUUAAAGCAAUUUAUAAUAAAAUACUUGGAAUGAACAAAUUAUAUUAUGAAUCAGAUGAAAAAAAAAAUUUUAUUAAAAAGUUCUUUAAGAACCUUAAUUUAUCUCAACAAAAAACCAAAAAAGCUACAAAAUAG